AUGAAAGAAAGUUAUGAAAAUAAGAUUUCUUUUCCAACGAUCAAUUCUUUUGGAAUGGAAAUUAUAUUAGAAUACAUUUAUACUGGAUCAAUUAAAAAUGAAUCUUUAACAAAGGAUAAUAUAAUUGAAACUUUUUAUGCUGCUGACUAUUUUCAAUUACCAGACCUUCAGGAUUUUAUU